AUGGUCGACCAAAUAGUGGAGAGGUUGUCUGGACUAAAUUUUACGAAUAUCCCAGGGGCAGAGAUUUCUGAAGGUGCAAUGGUGCAACCCACUUCAAAGCUGGUCAUCACACCUAGGUAUUUACAAGGAUACAUAGAGGGUCCUUUGGCCACCAAGGUGCAAGCUACAAUAACGGAUCCUCAAAACAACCUUGAAGAGUAUUGCAUCCCAAAAUUUGAUGAGGAAGAUAAAACUAACAGGAAGCGUUCCGAUGGUGUUUUGAUGAAUUCCUUUGAAGGGCUCGAAAAAGAAACACUGGACAUGCUUUCAACAAAAGGGUUGCCCCCAGUUUUUCCCCUUGGACCUCUUCUGCCAUUGGAAUUCGUGGGGGGAUCUUCUUUUGCUCCAUUGGAGUGGCUGGAGAACCAAAGGGAAAUCUCCGUUGUUUAUGUCAGCUUUGGGAGUAGGACACCGAUGUGCAAAGAACAAAUAAGGGAGCUUGGAAAUGGGCUGGUUUUGAGUGGAUACAAGUUCUUGUGGGCGGUGAAGAGUAAAGUUGUUGACAAAGAAGAAAAAAGUGGCGAUUUAGAUGAGAUUAUAGGACACCAAGUGAUGAACAAGGUCAAGAACAAAAAUGGAGGUGGAGGCAGCUUGGAAUGGGAUCCCAGUGCUUGGUUGGCCUCAACACGGAGACCAAAUGAUCAAUGGGGAGAUGAUAAAGGCAGCUGGGUGGGGGAUUUGCAUGUAGAACUGGGGAUGGGAUUGAAUAAUAAUCAUUUGGUGAAAGGAGAGGAGAUUGGGGACAAAAUCAAGGAGCUGAUGGAAAAUCAAAUGGUGAGAACGGAAGCUGCAAGAAUCAGUGAAUAG